CUCGAUUUAUUCACAAUCAGCAGCUGAACUGAACUUUACGUUUAGUCGUCCUUGUAAAACGUUUCAACAAAAUAAAUAAAGAAUUAAUUAUAUACUGCAAAUUUUGCGUAACGGUGUAAUUUUUUUGAAAUUAUGGAGGAAUUAUCUGAACGAGUUAAUAUUUUGGAGGCGUUGGUGUCAAAGUUGGUGAAAUGGACGCAUUUCGUCCCAGAUGAUAAAGAAGACGUUGGAACAACAAAUAAAGAAAAUUCGCCAGACGAAAAGUUCCAAAAUUACGAAAACUCCGCACCAAUUUCGUAUCAUGAUUCAGAUCAAAUCGAUAUCGAGGAUGGAAUUAAAGUGGAAAAUGACGAGGAAGAAAUGAUCACUAAUGACAUUCCAUCCUAUGAGGAGGACGAGGAUAAAUCCAGCGAAUACGGUCAAUCGACGUAUAAUGACCCGCUUGGCGACAUCAUUCCUAGCUGUGUGUGUGGUCCAAAAAAACCGUCGGCUUAUCGAAAGGAGGAAAAACCCAGCCGUAUUUUCACCGGAGAUGCAUGUCCCCCUGAGGAGGAUGAAGUUACGAUAAUCGAUGGGGAUGAAAAUGAAGACGUUAUUUUAUGUGACGACGAAAUACCUUCGACAAGUCAAAAUAUUAGACGCCCAACCAGAAUCCAAUUUAUAUCCUCGCGUUCUCAUAAAAAAGUCAAGAGACGCAAGAUAAGAACGCCUGUCACCGCCCUCGAAUCUGAAGUGGUCACUUGUCCCGUUUGCAACAAAGGCUUAAAAUCCAAACACAGCUUGAAAAUGCAUCUCUUCACGAUUCACCAUGCCGAGGCGAAAUUCGAAUGUGUCGUAUGCCAGGAAAAAUUCAUGGUUAAAGAAGACCUUGAUCAACACCGCAUCCAUGGUUGCACCCCAGUCACCUUAAAAUGCGCUAAUUGUCCCCUCAUGUUCCGAAAACAUGUCGAUCUUUACACCCACAUUCGGACCGACCAUCCCGAAUUGUCAUAUCCUUGUCCCCACUGUGACAAAACGUUCGCCCGAAGGUACAACUUGGCCCGGCACGAAAGGACCCAUCGCGAAAUCACAUUUGAGCAUAAAUGCUCCGUUUGCUUGACUAAAUUCGCGAAAAUGUCAGGGCUCAAAGUUCACCUGAAAGGUCACGAACUUGAGCACAAGUAUUACAAGUCGGUCAAAUCAUUCGCGUGUGCCCACUGCGCUAAAGAAUUUGCCAUCAAACAAAGUUUGCAACUUCACCAAACCUUUCACCAGAAUGAGGACGAAAAGCCGUUCGCGUGUGGUGAAUGUGAAGUCCGCUUUGCGACGGAGGCCUUGCUGCUGAAUCAUUUUGAGACGACGAAACAACAUGGAAAACAUAAUCUUCGGUGUUUAUACUGUGAAAAAACUUUCGAAAGGAAGUACAACUUGGUUCGUCACGAAUUGUCGCAUACGCAUGGGCGACGAAGACCUCGGAAUGGACCGCCGAUGCCGAACCCUGCCGUUUUGAAGGCAAGGGAGGAAGAACGUUUGGAAAAGUUCGCUCUUGGCGGUGAAGAAAGUAAUGGGAAUGAGAGCGACGGAAAUCGUAUGGAAGGAGAUGAAGACGACAGCGAUUGUUUUAUUCAGCAGCCGUAUGAAUAUGCAUAUUAAUUUUUUGGUGUAUGUAGGUUUAUCGAAAUGCAGUUGUCAGUAAAUAUUUUGUUAUUGAAAGAUUUUUUUAGUGAUAACUUGGAUAUUGAACAUUAAGACAAUUUUCAUAAUAAAAUGUUCCCCAAGUUAAGUAAAUGAACUUAUCCACUCGA